CCGAAACGAUACAAUGGCAGAAACAGCUCCAGCUGCGGCCCCAAUAAAGGCGCCCAAGAAGAAGGCACCCCGACCCAAGAAAACUGGCCCAAGUGUGGGCGAGCUCGUCGUCAAGGCAAUCUCUGCCUCCAAAGAGAAGAAAGGAGUCUCUCUGGCUGCGCUGAAGAAAGCACUGGCGGCUGGUGGAUACGACGUAGAGAAGAACAACGCUCGUGUGAAGAUAGCCAUCAAGAGUUUGGUCACUAAGGGAACUCUGGUCCAGACGAAAGGGACCGGCGCCUCUGGCUCCUUCAAGCUAAACAAGGCAGCGGAAAAGAAGCCCGCGAAGAAGGCGGCUCCUAAAGCCAAGAAGCCAGCAGCGAAGAAACCUGCCGCGGCAAAGAAGCCGAAGAAGGCAGCAGCCAAAAAGCCGGCGGCCGCUAAGAAGUCUCCGAAGAAAGCAGCCAAGAAGCCCGCCACGCCGAAAAAGGCAACGAAGAGCCCGAAGAAAGCAAAGAAGCCCGCUGCACCCAAAAAGGCAGCAAAGAGCCCCAAGAAAGCAAAGGCAGCGAAACCCAAGGUGGCCAAACCCAAAGCUACCAAGCCUAAAGCUGCCAAGCCCAAAAAGGCUGCACCUAAGAAGAAGUAAAUGUCGUGCACAUUCUUCUGAUCUAUUUUACCAUGUGUUCAAAAAGGCUCUUUUAAGAGCCACCCACAAGCUCUCUGAAAGUUUCUAUUCCGUCAGUGUUUCCUGAUAGGCAAAGCAAAUUAUGUUUGCAGUUACACAUUCACACUCAG